AUGGGCUCCCUCACGCCGGUUUCCUACGGGAAGCGCAACUGCGUGGACCUAAUCGAUGAAUACGCUGCGACCGAGCCCUCGCGCACUGUCAUCUCUAUCCCGCGCUCCAAUUCCGAUCCCACCCAAGGUUGGCAGGAUGUGAGCUUCAGGGACUUCGCCAAUGCCAUCAACCGCUACGCGCAUUGGAUUGUCAGCACAGUUGGCCCCGCUAAAGAGGGCGAGUAUCCCACCAUCGCUUACAUCGGCCCAAGUGACGUUCGCUACCUGGUUACAAUGGCCGCGACGAUAAAAGCGGGGUACAAGGCUUUAUUUAUUUCACCGCGGAACAACCUAGAGAGUCAGCUAUCGCUGUUCGAAGCGACGAACUGUAAUUGGGUGCUGCAUACCCCAGAAUACACCCAAGCGGUGCAGUCCUGGCUGUCAUCGCGCUCGAUGAAAACUUCAUUGGUGGGCAGCAUCAGCGAGAUCUUUUCUCCCGAACCGGUUCCUGCUUUCCCGUUCCAGAAGCCCUCCGAUGAGAUUGAAGACAAGCCUGCUUUCGUGCUUCAUACGAGUGGAAGUACUGGGAUUCCAAAACCGAUCAUCUGUCGCCAUGGUAGUCUUGCGGUGGCUGAUGGAUAUCAUUUGCGGCCGGAAUUCGACGGCUAUCCCCAUAUCGUAUGCCAUUUUGCUAAUGUGUCAGAUCGGCUACUCUGUACAACGCCCUUAUUCCAUGCCCUUGGUCUUUACCUUUUCAUUAGUAUUUCGAUCUACUAUGGAAAACCUAUGGUCCUCCCAUGCACAGACUUGGCAAUGACACCCGACUCGAUUGUGUCGCUCAUCAAGCACGCCCGCGCCGACGGCAUUGUUAUAGCUCCUUCGGUUUUGGAGGAGAUGAGCCACGAAGACGCUGACACGGAGGUUCUGAAGGCUAUGAAAUGUGUCGUCUUUGGUGGCGGUGGCAUGGCGUCUGAAGCUGGAGAUAAACUGGUCAAGGCAGGAGUCCCGAUUUUCAACGUGAUUUCAACUACCGAAUAUGGGAUAUACCCAAUCUACGCCCAGUUGGACCUGAAAGACUGGCGAUAUUUCAUCUUCGAUGACAAAACUUUCGGCACAGACUACCGUCCUGUCGACGAGGCUUUCGAGCAAGUUAUUGUGCGUCGCGACAAGAAGCCCGGCAUGCAGGGUAUCUUCUAUACCUUCCCCGAUUUAGCGGAGUACCAUACAAAUGAUCUGUACAAGCCCCAUCCGACCAAAGCCCACCACUGGAUGCACGUUGGACGUGCAGAUGACGUGAUCGCUUUCUCCAACGGUGAGAAGCUAAAUCCGGUCACAAUUGAACAAACCAUCAGCGCGCACCCAGCCCUCAAGCGUGCUGUUGUGGUCGGCCAGGGUAAAUUCCAAGCGGCUAUCUUCCUGGACCCCCUGGAACAACCCGAAGAUGAAGCCGCUGCUCGAGAGCUGAUCGAAGAUAUCUGGCCUACCAUCGAGAAGGUUAAUCAACAGACUGUGGCCCAUGGACGUAUUGCGAAACACCUUGUGGCGCUUUCCAACCCCAAAAAGCCCAUCCCGUCUUCGGCAAAGGGCUCGCUCCAGCGUGGUGCCUUCUUGAAGCUCUACAAGGACGAGAUCGAUGCCUUAUACGAUGAUAGCAAAAAAAGUGCAGCGGUGGAGCUUUCCCUGGCUAGCAAGGAAGCACUGACUGAUUCCCUCAAGAAGCUAAUUACGACGGCUCUCGAUGUUGAAGAUAUUGAGGCAGAUACGGACUUCUUCGGUGCUGGUAUCGACUCUCUUGGAAUCAUCAAUUUAGCCAAGCUUAUAAGCGACGGACUGCGACAAGCCGGUGUUCCUUCAGACCGCACGAAGGUGGCUACUCGAGCUAUCUACGCCAACUCCACUCCCGAGAAGCUUGCCGCAUACCUCCUCGCCCAGACCUCGCAGAAUGAACCCACCAACGGCGCCACUAACGGAGUGAAAGAGUCGCAAAGAGUCUUGGAAGAAUACAGCAUCGGUCCGGUUCCUCAUAUCCCUGAAAAGCCAGCCCCCAACAACAGGGGCCAAACAGUCAUCCUCACUGGCUCCACCGGCAGCCUUGGCUCAUACCUUCUCGACCAACUCCAAACCAGCGACUCCGUCGCAAAGGUAAUCUGCCUCAACCGAGGUGCUGAUGGCCGCCAGAGACAGUUCCGAGCCAGCGAAGAGCGUGGCCUCAGCACAGAUUUCUCCAAGGCCGUAUUUCUCCAAGCCGAUCUCUCCCAGCCGAACAUUGGCCUGGAACCCGCUCUCUACAAACAACUACUGUCCACCGUAGACCGCAUCAUCCACAACGCCUGGCCCGUCAAUUUCAACCUCUCCGUCGAGUCUUUUGCUCCCAGCAUCGCUGGCGUCCGCAAUCUCGCACAAUUCUCUUUCCAUGCCGGACCUCUGGCCCGGCCCGGGCCCGUUCCCGAGUCCUCACUCCCCGACUUCGCACUCGCCUCGACCGGAUACGGACAGUCGAAGCUGGUUGGCGAUUUGAUUCUGCAGCAAGCCACCGAACACCUCGGCGUUCCCACCGCCAUCAUCCGCGUAGGCCAGAUCUCCGGCCCGCGCGCGGAGAAAGGAGCUUGGAACCGACACGAAUGGCUUCCUACAAUCAUUUCUUCGUCCUUGGGACUCGGCAAAUUGCCGCGUGACCUCGGAGCUUACUCGACAGUUGACUGGGUCCCUGUUGAAGAUGUUGCGAGCGUCAUUUUGGAGAUUUCGGGGGUGUUGGCUGAGCAAGCGCCGAAGGAUAUUACGGGACACUUCCAUAUUGUCAACCCGGCGCAUGUGCAAUGGAAUGAACUUGUUCCGGCUGUGGCGGGCUUCUACGAGAAGCAAGGGCGCAAGCUUGAGAUUGUGGACUUCAAGACCUGGGUUCGUGCCGUCGAAGAGGCUCCGGCUGACGGGGUCGAGAUUCCGGCCGUGAAGCUUUUGGAUACUUAUAAGGGGCUUGCGGAUACUCCUCAAUCCGAGGGCUUUGCUACAGCUAAGACGAGGGGUGUGAGCAAGACCCUGGAUCACUUGGGUCCUAUUGAUGCGAAGAUGACGGAGGCGUGGUGUCGGCAAUGGGCGUUUUAG